AACGGAGGGCGGUAACCAUGGCAACCCGCCGCAGUUCCGAGCACUCAGCACCUCCCCCGCCGCUGUCGCCGUCGCCGCUGGAUUCGCAGACGCCUGCGGCCGGCAGCCAGAAGGGGAAGGGGGGGGCAGCGAGCCCCGAGACCCCCCCCCCGCCCGCAAGCGGGGCAAAGUCCUGGGCUCAGGCCAGCGGUACCCAAGGACCCCCAGCCGAUGGCUCCCGGGCGCCGGUGCUGCCGGGCCGGUUCUCCCGGGAGGAGUUUCCCACCCUGCGGGCGGGAGGAGACCCGGAGAGGGGCGCCCGCGAGCGGGACGGUGCCGGCGCGUGGUGUGGGCGCGCACCGAGCCCCCGCCCCCACGUGGGGCCGAGCCGGGACGGCGGCGCCCGAGCCCCCGAGGAGCCGCCGCCGGAUGGGGGGGGGCCGCCCCCCCCCGCCCCCCCCCAUUUCCCCCCAUACCGGGGGGUGAUGCCCCCCUUUAUGUACCCCCCAUACCUGCCCUUUCCCCCCCCAUAUGGGCCCUAUAGGCUCCCGGAUACCCCCAGGUUCCCCCGCGGCGGUGCCCCCCCGCGCCCCACGGCGCCCCCCCGCGGGCCCCCCCCGCCCUCGCGCCCCCCGGUGCUGCGGCAGGACGAGCUGCGGGACUUCGAUGAGCUGGACCAGGAGAGCGACGAGGGCUGGGCCGGCGCGCACGAGGAGGUCGAUUACACGGAGAAGCUCAAGUUCAGCGACGAGGAGGACGGGAGGGACUCGGAGGAGGAGGGGGCAGAGGAGGGGAAGGAGGCCGAGGCGCCCCCCCCCAGCGAGUCCAAGGCUUCCCCCCGGGACGAGCCGCCCCCCAAGUCCCCCUGUGAGGGGCCCAAGGAGCCGCCGGCCCCUCCCCCUCCUGCCCCACAAGUGCGGGCCCCGCCUCCACCCCCUCCGCCCCCCAACCGGGGCAGCUGGGCCCAGCCCAAUGAGUUCCCGGACGAGGACGAGGCCUGGCGCCAGCGCCGCCGCCGCUCCUGUUCUCUGCUCUCGGCCGCGGUGGCUCGGGCUCGGCGGCGCCGGGAGGCCGAGGAGCAGCGAGAGGAGGAGCAGCGCAGAGCGGCCUGCGCCGAGAAGCUGCGGCGCCUGGACGAGCGCAGCGGCGCCCCCUGGCGGCCGCAACAGCGCCCCCUGGCGCCCGGCGGACCGAAGCAGCCGCCCGCAGCUAUGGAGCAGCAGCAGCAGCAGCAGCAGCCCGGUGUGGGGCAGCAACUGCAGCCUGGAUCC